CAAAACACAGCAGGCGUAAAUAGAUUGUUGGUAAAAUCAUGGAUGAGAGUGGCUACGCUGUCUGAGUCUCCGUCAGCUUCUGUAAUCCAAGCAGCCUGUCAGAGGUGUAAUCAGCAUGAACUUAACGGUGGUCGGUGACCAAUUCUGCGCAGGCCUGGUUCAUCUCUAACGAGCCUACAGACAGGGGCACCAUGAAGGAAGUGGAUUCUCUCCCACAGCAGAACACCGACAGUCUGUAUUCUGAAGGAAACCCGGAGGCUGAGCGGCAACAGCUGAAUGAUGUUAUAAACCAACCUGUGUCUCCUGCAGGUGUCCAGCAGCUGCUGGUAGUUAAAGAAGAAAUUCCCACUGAAUGGAAUGACAGUCUUGACAAGCGGGAUAGAGAGUCCCUCAACAUAAAGGAGGAACAGGAGGAAAUCUGGAUGAGUCGUGAGGGAGAGCAGCAUAAUGGUUUGAAGAAGGCUGAAAUCACAAGGGUCCUAUUAACUGCUGUUCCUGUGAAGAGUGAAGAUGAUGAAGAAAAACCUGAGUCCUCAGAUCUUCAUCAGAGCCAAACUGGAAACAACAGAAAGGCAGAAACUCCAACCAGCAGCUCAGCUAAGCAGAUAAAAACUGAAACUGAUGUAGAGGACUGUGGAGGUCCAGAACCAGCCAAUGACUCAGACUCAAACAGUCAUUUACAAACAAAUGCUGAUGAAAAAGCUUCAGACUCAUCUGAGACUGAAGUCAGUAACGAUGAUAAUGAUGAAAAUUGGCAGGAACCAUUGUCAGAUUAUGGACCUGAAACUGAAGAUAGUGACAAUGGCUUGAAGGAUACCAGUGCAUUUGGGAGUGAUCUUUGUGGUGAAAAAUUUACUCAGUUGGGAAAUCUGAAGGUACACAGGAGAGCUCACAGAGGAGAGAAGGCAUUUUGUUGUGGUGUUUGUGGUAAAAGAUUCACACGACAAGGGGAUCUGAAGAGACACUUGAGGGUCCACACGGGAGAGAAGCCAUUUGAUUGUAGUUUUUGUGGUAAAAGAUUUAAACAGCAGGGGGUUCUUAAGAGUCACAUGAGAAUUCACACUGGAGAAAAACCAUUUGCUUGUGAUGUUUGUGGGAAAAGAUUUAUCCAUCAGUCUAAUCUCAAAUCACACACCAGAGUUCACACCGGAGAGAAACCAUUUAGCUGUAGCAUUUGUGGUAAAAGAUUUACAGAACAGGGAAGUUUGAAGCGACACAGAGGAAUCCACACAGGACAGAAACCUUUUGGAUGUGGCAUUUGUGGUAAAACAUUUAGCCGGAAGACACAUUUUAAUAUUCACAUGACUGUCCACACAGGAGAAAAACCAUUUGAUUGUGGAUUUUGUGGUAAAAAAUUUAGCCAGAAGACACAUUUUAAGAUCCACAUCAGAGUCCAUACAGGAGAAAAGCCCUUUAGCUGCGAUGCCUGUGGAAAAAAAUUUAGACUUCAGUACAAUCUUAAAAGACACAUGAGAGUCCACUCGGGAGAAAAACCAUUUGGUUGUGAUGUUUGUGGCGAAAGAUUUACAGAACAGGGUAGUCUCAAACGACACAGUGGAGUUCACACAGGAGAGAAACCAUUUUGCUGUGACGACUGCGGUAAAACAUUCAGUCGAAAUACUCAUCUUAAGAGACACAUGCGAGUCCACACGGGCGAGCGGCCCUUCGGUUGUGAUGUUUGCGGUGAAAAAUUUACAGAACAGGGUGUUCUGAAAAGUCAUAUGAGAGUUCACACAGGAGAAAAACCAUUUGGGUGUGAUGUUUGUGGAAAGAGAUUUAGACAUCAGUAUACUCUUAAAAGACACACAGGUGUCCACACAGGGGAGAAACCAUACUCCUGUGGUGUUUGUGGUGAAAGGUUUACAAGGCAGGGAAAUUUAAAGAGACACAUGCGCAUCCACACAUAGUCCUCUUUACUUAUGAUGUUGUAAAGUCAGUGAGUGUGUUGUAAGAAGUACAUGAUCUUAUUUUUUAUCUUUCUGUAUACUUUAC